AUGGUGUCCCAAGUACAAAGUGUUAAAUGCACAACUGGUAAUCCUGUUCAUGUUCCACACGAGUGGCAUGAGUCAGGUGACCUGGUCAUUGGUGCAAUGGCAUCUCAUAUCUAUUACAUAUUGCCCAACUUAUCCUUCAAUAAACACCCUUCCCAGGUCUUCAUUGAUACCCCACUGGUGAUUACAAAGUUCUACCAGCACAUCCUUGCUUUGGUGUUUGCUGUUGAUGAGAUCAACGAGAAUCCCAGGAUGCUGCCCAAUGUCUCUCUCGGGUUCCACAUCUAUGAUAGCUAUUACGAUUCAAAAAUGACCUACCGAAACACACUGGACCUGCUCUUUAAAUCACAUCACUUUGUUCCCAACUACAGGUGUGGCAUCCAGAAAAACGUAAUAGGAGUCAUUGGGGGCCUUAGCUCUGAUACCUCCUGGUGCAUGACAAACGUCUUAGGUCUUUUCAAGAUGCCACAGAUUUCAUAUGGUUUAUUUGAACCCGCCAUAAAUGAUGGAACCAAGUUCCCUUCCUUUUACCGCAUGGUCCCCAAUGAAGACCUUCAGUAUCACGGAAUUAUCCAGUUACUUCUGCAUUUUGAAUGGAAAUGGCUCCACUCAUUCCUGCAGAGAAUCUCAUUCAACAACAGUGCUGGGGAUGAAAUUACGCUAAAUGAAUAUGGAGAGUUAGCAGGUGGCCUUGAUAUUACCAACUUGGUCACUUUCCCAAAUAGAUCAUACAUCAGGGUCAAAGUGGGAAGAUUGGAUCCUCAGGCCCCUUCUGGCAAAGAGCUCACCAUUAAUGAAGACAGAAUCAAAUGGCACAGAGGCUUCACUCAGGUGCCACCCCCUUCUUUAUGUAAUGACAUCUGCCAUUCUGGAUACGGGAAGAAAAAGAAGGAGGGGAAGAAGUUUUGCUGCUAUGAUUGUGAUCCAUGUCCAGAAGGAAUGGUCUCAAAUGAGAAAGGCAUGGAAACCUGUGUCAGUUGCCCAGCAGAUCAGUAUCCAAACAAGGGCCAGGAUCUAUGCAUUCCUAAGAUUCCCAACUUCCUAGCCUUUGAUGAAACCUUGGCCAUUGUUUCUACUUUCUCUGCACUUUUAUUCUCUCUGAUCACAAUUCUGGUGCUCGGCAUCUUCAUUAAGCAUCGCAAUACAGCCAUAGUCAAAGCCAACAACCGAAGCCUCACCUAUGGUCUCCUUAUCUCCCUCCUCUUGUGUUUCCUCUCUUCUUUGUUGUUCAUUGGAAAACCUAAUAAGGUGACUUGCCUUCUCCGACAAAACGCUUUUGGCAUUAUCUUUUCUGUGGCCCUCUCCAGCAUUUUAGCCAAAACCAUACUGGUGGUUUUGGCAUUCAUGGCUACCAAACCGGGAACCAAUAUGAGGAAAUGGGUAGGCAAAGAACUGGCUUAUUCCAUUGUCCUUUCCUGCUCCAUUGUUCAAGUAGGAAUCUGUGUCCUCUGGCUGGCAACCUCUCCCCCAUUCCCAGAUGUGGACAUGCACUCAAUGACGGAAGAAAUCAUAUUUCUUUGUAAUGAAGGGUCAGUCCCCUUGUUCUAUUGUGUUUUGGGCUAUAUGGGCUUCCUGGCCACUGUCAGCUUCACUGUGGCCUUCCUAGCCAGGAAGUUGCCUGACACUUUCAACGAAGCCAAGUUCAUCACCUUCAGCAUGCUGGUCUUCUGCAGUGUUUGGCUCUCCUUCAUUCCCACCUACCUGAGCACCAGAGGGAAAUAUAUGGUGGCUGUGGAGAUCUUCUCCAUCUUUGCUUCUGGUGCUGGGUUACUGGCUUGCAUUUUUGCCCCUAAAUGCUACAUCAUUGUGGUGAGGCCUGAACUGAACAACAAAGAGCAGCUAACACAAAGAAAGUUAUAA